GGCCUGUCAGUUGGAGCUCGGCAGCUCCAUGGCUUGAGGCUGAAUGUCCGACUGUCUCUCUCUCUCCCCCCACCACGCCUGCUUGGUAACAGCGCUGCCCGUCACACUCGGCAGGAUCAUGAGAGAGGAAGAUGCGGCGGGGCCGGAGGACACGCUCCCUGCCCAGCCGGGGCUGCCGCCCAGGCUCUGCGGUUAUCUGAACAAACUGUCCGGGAAAGGGCCGCUCAAAGGCUUCAAGAGCCGCUGGUUCGUCUUCGAGCCCCGGCACUGCCACCUGUAUUACUUCAAAGGCCCGAGCGACUCCAUCCCGCUCGGAUACAUCGACAUCGCCGACGCCUGUUUCACCUAUGACUUGGAAGCUGAGGAGGGUCAACUGGAGAUUCACUCAGGCGGGAGGGAUUACACCCUGAAGGCUCCCAAUACACAAGCAAUGCGAUACUGGCUACAGCAGUUGCAGCAGAAAAGGUGGGAGUUUAGUAAUAACUACAUUGCUAGAGCAAGGGACAAUCAAGUAUCACCCCCACUCCCUGAUGCAACUACUGGUCUAGUUGCUAAAGAUGUAGAUGUAUCCUGUCUUCCACAAGCAGUAAGGGACAUUGAUGAAAGUGCUAGAAAUGUACUGGAUGUAGUGGAUGUCCCAGGAACACUGGUGGGUGAGCGAGCAGCGAGCUAUCCAAGUCCUGUACACCCCACAACAAUUAACUUCUCCUUGAAGCAUUGGGGAACAGAGAUCAGAAAUUCAAUGUCGAAUCUGAAACCAGGAAGAGGAAACAAUGAGAACCGGCGAAGUGUCUUCUAUACUGAGGAUUGGGAGCUGCUUGAUCCCAGCCUCAAAGAGCUGGAAGAAGCAACAGCACAUGAAGAAAAGAGAAAAAAUGCAGCAGAAGCAAAUAGAGGAUCGGCAUUUUCUUUUGAUUUUGCAAGAGCAGCGCGAGUUAGGCGCCCACCAUUCUUGAGAGACAUGAUUGGAACAUCAAAGAACCGCAAUAGCAGUGAGUCGUCACCUGUAGAAUGGAUUGUUACCAAUGGAAAGGCAUCAACAGAGAUUCAGUCCAGAAUUCAAGCUCAGCAAGAAGAAUUGAACAAGGUGAAAGAAGAUUUAAGCAGUCAGAAGGAGUUGGUGCGACUGUUACAGCAAACGUUGAAAUAUUCCCAGCAGGAAAAAUACUCACUCAACACUGGUGCUUUAAUGGAUGAAGGAAUGUCACAACUUUUGCACCAGAAAGAUGACCAGAUACAGGCCCUGAACAAUCAGCUGGAUCACAUUAACCAACAGAAAGACCAUCUGGAUCAGGAAUUGAAAGGAUUUCAAGAUAAAAUUACUGGGAUGAGUGACCAGCUUAACAUGCUCAGAGAAACCAUCCAAGCCAAAGAUGAAGUGAUUAUUAAGUUAUCACGGCAGCUCAAUGAAUGUGAGAACAAUCGCUCGCCUCCGGGUGUGUUAUCAGGAGCUACUCUAGCACCCUCUGUGCACAAGGAACUGCAAGAGUUGGACACACUAAAGGAUAACCUUCAGGGUUAUAAGACACAGAACAAAUUCCUUAACAAGGAGAUCUUGGAACUGUCGGUGCUUAAGCAGAAUGCUGAACUGAGGGAGAAAGCUCUGGAAGCAAAGUACUCCAGCCUGGAAGCUCGAUUGUGCCAGGUGGAGAGCAAGUAUCUUGUUCUCCUUCAGGAAGUUAAGAAUCCGGUUUGUUCUGGAGAAAAGGGUCCUACGCAUGAAGUAAUUUCCAGACUCCUGGAAGAUGCACUGAAAGUGGACAGCCCUGAACACCCCGAGCAAACUAUUCUCAAACCACACCCUGUCAGCGAGUAUGACAUAUAUGGCUUCAAGACCAUCCCUGAAGAUGAUGAAGAGGAGAAAUUAGUUGCCAAAGUUCGGGCUUUAGAUUUAAAAUCUCUGUCACUCACCGACAGCUACGAGAUUUCCAUGGGAGUUAAGUGGGCGAAUUACUUUGCUAGCACCAUGAACCGAGAAAUGAUGCGCACGCCAGAACUGAAGAACCUCAUUCGCUGGGGUGUUCCACAUGAACAUAGGUCAAAAGUCUGGAAGUGGUGUGUCAACCUGCAUGUCAGAAAAUAUAGGGAUAAACACAGUUCAGGGUAUUUUAACUCGAUGCUGGAGAAAGCACUAGAGAAACAGAACCCUGCUUCAAAGCAGAUUGAGCUGGAUCUUAUGCGCACUUUGCCAAACAAUAAGCACUAUGCCUCACCGACCUCUGAAGGAAUACAAAAACUUCGAAACGUUCUGUUGGCAUUUUCCUGGAGGAACCCAGACGUAGGAUACUGUCAAGGUUUAAACAGAUUGGCAGGAAUAGCACUCCUGUACCUGGAACAAGAAGAAGCCUUUUGGUGCCUGGUUGCCAUUACGGAGUGUUUUAUGACUCCAGAUUAUUACACAAAGAACCUGCUUGGAUCACAGGUUGACCAGCGGGUGUUCAAAGACUUGCUGAGUGAGAAGCUGCCACGGCUACACGCUCAUUUUGAACAGUACAAGGUUGAUUUCUCACUCAUCACCUUUAACUGGUUCCUUGUGGUAUUUGUGGACAGUGUUGUCAGUGACAUCAUGUUCCGUAUCUGGGAUUCGUUCCUGUAUGAAGGUCCAAAGGUUAUAUUUCGAUAUGCACUUGCUGUCUUCAAAUUCAAGGAGGAGGAGUUUCUAAAGCUUCAGGAUAAUAUGUCCAUAUUCAAGUAUCUAAGAUACUUCACUCACACUAUUCUUGAUGCAAGAAAACUUACCAACAUUGCUUUUGUGGACAUGAAUCCCUUUCCAAUGCGGCUAAUCCAUAAUCGCAGAGCUUUCCACUUGGAGAAGGUGCGCCUGGAAUUGAGUGAACUAGAAGCAAUCCGCCAGGAUUUUCUACGGGAACGUGAAACUGCGAACCCUGAAAGGAGGGAUGUCAUUAGUGAUGAUGAUGAGGACACCUAACUACACAUGCAGUCCCACUUUAUGACCAAACAGCCUUGUUGAAUAACUAAACUACAAGAAUGGCCCAGGAACAGAGCUGGAACUUCCCAGUUUGAGUCCCAGGGCUAUCUGGCACCCAAAUUUGUUUGCUGCUGUUGGAAAACAGUGCCCUGGUUCUCAGCUGAGCCAGAAAGUUGGUAUCUUUGAGCAGGUGGGUGCUCAGACAUGGAUUGUCCAUCCCACUUUGUAAGCCAGCCCACUAUUUGAGUGCUAAGUAGCCCUGUUAUCAGUCAUCUGCUUUCAAUUUAAUGUUCUAGGGAGGCAAGUGGCUCUUACAAGACAAACAGUGGAGUAACUUACUGUUCAUCCUUAAAAUAAACCUUGUAUCCCAUCAUGGAAGAAAUAUGCUGGGCAUAUUUCUCCGUAACUGCACAUGAUGGAAAGAUUGUGUGUCAAACUAACCUUCAGACUGAUAGUGGAAAUAUGUCAGGUACCAGUACUUGGAACUCUCUGCUAAUCUUAUGCUGUUAGUGAUGGCAAAAAAUGUCAGUUCUGGUUAGCUAAUCAUGGGACCAAUUAUAGUACGCAACAGUAUUAUUUGGAAAUCUUAUCUAGUGUGAUUUCCAAUUGGAUGCAUUGUCUUUGAUCCUUUUUUUUUGCGUAUCAGUAUUUUGGGAAGCAGGCUUCCUUAACAACCAAAAAUGAUUUGUAUUAAAUGUUGGGGAGGAAGGGAAGAUUUGCCUUAAAAUAAAUGGUGUGUGAUUUUUCUCCGAAAUAAUAGGGAAAAGGGAAAAUGUGCUAGUUGAUAUAAUUUACCAUCCUUGCUCAGACUAUCAAUUCACUACAAUAUUGUGUUUUGAAAAUAUUGAUAUACCUUUUGCCUCCAUUUAAGAAUAUUCAGUAGAAGUGUGAUUUCAUGUUUACAGCCAAGAUGAAUAUCAUGAUAACAUCAGUCAGCUCAAUUGAUUUUAUUACAGAAUGUGAAUUCUCCUGUAAUAUCUUCUACCUGUUUUGUACAAAAUGUCAUUUAUAGGUUCUAUAAUGCACAUUAUCUGUCACAAUCUCUUGAAAAUUGUCUCCUCAGUUCAUAAUACUAGUUACAAAGCGGAAUUUGAAAUGUGUCACAUUGGUUCAUCUGUGAAACAUGAGCUUUGUUCCAGUCUAUAUUACAGCCAUAAAUUGCACCUACCAAUUUUAGAACCAUCUAACAAUGACCUUGAAUCGCACUUCAGUUUUGAAGGCCUCUUGAAUGACUAAACCCUGAAUUCAUUGCCUGUUAACUGUGAAUGGGUGGAAGAUCUCACCUUAACUCCCACUUCACUACAACUCCAGCUAGGCCAUAACAAAGGGCAAAAUGUGUCACGUUUUAGAUCAAAACCAAGGGACAUGUAUAUUUUUGUGAAACAAGACCAUUUUUCAAAAUGCAGUAUUUGUUUCAUGAACUUUGAGUUUGACGGGAACCGGACCAAGAUUAUUAUAUUUUUUGAUGUCUCAUUUAAGUUUUGUCCUUAAGGCUGAUCCUAAUUUGACUGCAGGAGGUUGGAGGGUUGCAGAGGAUUGCUGGAAGUACAUCACAAACCCUCUCCAUUCGAACCGCACUUUGCUUGAUCUGGUCCUCAAUUUGUUAAAGUAAACAGUUAUACAGUGGUAUACGGUCCCUGUGACUUGAAAUAUAGAAUUUGCAAAAUUUUCUUGAGUGAAUUGUAUGGCAGGAUCUCAUGUAGAGCCUGAAUACCUGUAAUCAUCUUGAUGUAUCUUGAGUAUCUAAACUUUGCUGUUGGUGAGUUAAUUUUUAUACUUUCCACACAGACUGUUAGGAGUUUCUGUAUGACCAGCAGCUGAAGAAAGCUGGGAAAAGAAUGUUUUGUUUACGCUGAAUGUUGACUUUUUUGACAUUUCAAUAUUGUUUGUUUUCAUAGCAAUUCUUGUUAACAGAAGCACACCAUUUUGUCUUAUCUGUUUAGUUCAAGUAUAAAGGAAACUUGUUUCAUGGUUCUGAACAUUAAAAUAAUUUUUCCACAA